AUGGAUCAGAAUUUGGAAAAUCCAGCUGAGCAUGGAAUAAACCCGAAUCUGGAGAAUGCUCUUCAGCAAGGAAUAAAUCAUUAUUUGAGGGAUGCUACCGCGCCAGGAAGCAUUGAUGCCUUGUACGCAUUGAUACGGGAGGAUGCAACAGCUUUUGACAACAUCGAUGCCAUUCCAUUUGUUCAAACUCCUUUACACGAAGUUGCAUCUGCAGGGCAUACCCGGUUGGCCAUGGAAAUCAUGAGGUUAAAGCCAUCAUUCGCUAGGAAGCUUAACAAAGACGGCUUCACUCCUAUGCACCUUGCUUUGCAAAAUGGUGAAACUAGAGUGGUGCUACUGCUGCUUGAUGUUGAUAAACACCUUGUUUGUAUCCAAGGGCAGGAGGGUAUAACUCCCUUGCAUUACGCAGCUCAAAUAGGGCAUCUUGAUCUUUUGGUUGCAUUUCUAAGAGUCUGUCCCGAGUCUAUUGACCAUUUGACAAUUCGAAGAGAGUCUGUUCUGCUCAUUGCCUUGGCAAACAAUAGAUUUGAUCCAUUUCAGCUCUUGCUAGGAUGGCUUCGGCGGGCCUGUUUCAAAGAUGCCUUUUUAAUGGGGAUAAAAUUGUAA